GAGGCAAAACAAGUGCAGCGCAGGCAGCGGCUCCCAGCGCGGUGCCGGCCAGCACCAUGGAGCCGGGGAGAGCCACGGCGGGGCCCGGCGGGCGGCUCGGUGCCUCGGGAGGGCGGCUCGGGGCAGCGGCACACGGCGAUUGAAGAAAAGCUGGUAACCAGCAAAGAAGACACAAAAGCUAAAAUCACUAUGUGGAGCUGUGAAGCCUUAAUCAACAGUACUGAGAACAGUGAGGACCAGCAUCUCUGCCAUGAUUUCGACCUUGUGCUUUCCAUCUUUUCCCUUCUCUACCUCAUUAUAUGUUUCCCAAUUGGCCUUUGUUACAAUGGCCUGCUGGUCCUAGUAAACCUCUACAACAAAGCUACUAUGACUAUGCCAGAUGUUUACUUUGUCAACAUUGCCAUUGCCGGUCUCAUCAUCAACACUCUGGCACCAAUGUACCUGCUGGGUCUUGCCAAUACAAAAUGGGCCAUCUGGAAUUCCAACAACGAAGUUUAUAUUACCUUCCUGAUUUUAUUCAACAUCUCAUCGUUAGUUACCAUGUACUCUACCACACUGCUCAGUCUGGACUACUACAUCGAACGUGCCCUGCCCAGGACUUACAUGUCCAGUGUGUACAACACCAAACACGUCUGCGGGUUCAUCUGGGGCGGUGCCAUGCUCACAAGCUUUUCAUCUCUCCUGUUCUACGUCUGCAACCACGUGUCCACCAAAAUAAUCGAGUGUUCCAAGAUGCAGAACCAGGAAGCAGCAGAUGCCAUCAUGGUGUUCAUUGGGUACGUCGUACCCGCCGUCGCUGUUCUCUACGCGCUGACGCUGAUCCUGCGCAUACGCAAGGAGGCCACGCCACUGGAUCAGGACUCUGGGCGCUUGGAUCCAUCAGUGCACAGGCUUCUGAUUGCCACAGUCUGCACACAGUUCACCCUGUGGACACCUUAUUAUGUUAUUCUCUUGGUAAGCACAUUUACUAACCUACGAGGAAGAAUUCCAGAUGUAAAUUCCAUUCAAAUAUUACACUUUGCCACGAUUUUGUCAAAAUUCCUGGCUUUCUCCAGCAGCUUUGUCAUGCCUCUGCUCUACAGAUACAUUAACAAAAACUUCCCCAACAAAUUGCGACGUUUGCUUAAAAAGAUACACUGUGGGAACCAAGGGUGUUCUCACGAGCGCACAGUUGUACAGCAGGUCAUGACAUAGGUGUGACACAACCCCUGGUGCUCUGUGCCUGCAGCACUGGGUGCUCAGUGCUGGGACUGUGACACUGCUGUAUUGGCACUCAGAGACAUUUCAGAGUCCCAGCCAAGAGGCUGGAAGGAGCUUCCCUUGCAGCUGAAUGCAACAGUCUUAAUUUCCCAGUAGUUGUUUGCUGAAGUGGUGUGAGGCUCUGGCCUAUGUUGCUGCAUUACCUGUGACAUCAGAUACCUUCAGUGCACUGAACUGGUGACAAAGGAUAAACUCUGUUUUCAUGGCUCUGAUCUUCCUGUCUGAAGAAAUCGCUAGGCAGUUCAUUGAAGUCUUGACUGAAGACACAGCACCUUGU